GGGGUUAUGAGAACCACAGAGUCUGCAGCUGGGAGCUGGAGCUCUGAGGAGCGACACCUGUGUCUACAAGGGGCUCAGAUCCCCGGGCCUCACUCUCUGGCCCCGCGGUGCUGGUUAGGACGGCCUGCUCUGGUUUCCCCGAGAAGCAAAGGGCUCCUGCCCCAGUAUUGUGGAAAUGGCUGUCCACUAACAAGCCUAAGCGUCCCCCAGCUUACUCCGAACGCCUCUGGUGAUCCUCCAGGCUGAGAUCCAAACGUGCUGGUAUCUACAAUGACACCUUAAUAUCUGCAAAGGCCUGACCUGUCAAGCUGAAGUGUGAGAGUUGCCCAAGUACCCUCACCAAACUUCUGAUGACAAACCUGUCUCUUUCAGCAGUGUGCUCCUGAGAAUCUGCUGAGGAAUGAUGGGAAGUUGGCCCAGCAGAGGGAAAAGCCUGCCCACAAGCUCCAACACCAUCUCCUCUGAUUCAGGCCAGGGACCUGUGUCCACACAAGCAGAGAGAAGCAAUGUCACAGCAGUGGCCCUGGGCAGUUUUCCAGCAGGUGCGCAGGCUGGACUGUCUUUGAGACUUGGGGAGCCGCUGACCAUCGUCUCAGAGGAUGGAGAUUGGUGGACAGUCAUAUCGGAAGUCUCGGGGAGAGAGUAUCACAUCCCCAGUGUGUAUGUGGCUAAAGUCUCCCAUGGAUGGCUGUACGAGGGCCUGAGCCGGGAGAGAGCUGAGGAACUACUCUUGCUGCCUGGGAACCCCGGAGGGUCCUUCCUCAUCAGAGAGAGCCAGAGCAGGAGAGGCUGCUAUUCCCUGUCCAUCCGACUCAGUCGCCCAGCAUCUUGGGACCGGAUCAGACACUAUAGGAUACAGCGCCUCGACAAUGGCUGGCUGUACAUCUCACCACGCCUCACCUUCCCCUCACUCCAGGCCCUGGUGGAUCAUUACUCAGAGCUGGCAGAUGACAUCUGCUGUGUGCUAAAGGAGCCCUGUGUCCUGCAGAAGCUUGGUCCACUACCUGGCAAAGAUAUACCUCUACCUGUGACUGUGCGGACGGCAUCACUCAACUGGAAAGAGCUGGAUAGCAGCUUGUUGUUGGAAGCGCCUGCAAGUGGGGAGGCAUCUCUUCUCAGUGAAGGGCUCCGAGAAUCCCUCAGUUCCUACAUCAGCCUCACCGAGGAUAACUCCUUGGACAAUGUCUAGUCCAAACAGAAGUCAAAGGGGAACCAAGGCUGUUUCGCCCAGGACCCCAAUCUGGUCAAACCUGACGAAGCACCCUAGAGGCAAGGCUGGGACGCAGGCACAUCCAGGGUCCCACACGGACCUUCUGCUCCUUCCUCUCAAGUUGUAAGUCAUUAUCUUCCUCCCAAGGCCUCAACCCUGCCUACAAUUUCUAGUUCACGUGCAUCGCAAGACAGAGCCAGGCCUCUACAGAGCAAAUUACUUCUGAGGUUUGACGUUCCUAAGAAGGAUGUCCAUUAUGAAUGCUAAUCAGCCCGACAAAAAGGCAGAGAUCAUCACUAGCAUAAGAAGAGAAAAAAUAUUAGGGAAAUUUACAAGACUCAUUAAGAAUGCAAACACAUCUCAGACGGUAGGAUGGCUCAAAGCAAAGACAAAGGCAGAGCACCUGGUGGCUUAACACAGCAGCCACCAUCUUACCCCCAAGCAGAGCAAGACCAACAAUUUAGAUCUUCCCAUGAUCCCUCAAAAGUCCCUUCACAGCCAAACUCUCAGAUCUCUACUUCAUUCAGUGUUCAUCCAAACACAGCCCAGCCAUACACUAGUCCUGCCAUCUGGUGGCCAAACACAAUAUGACACCUUUUAAGUCUGACAUUGUAGAUUAAUCAUCUAUCUCAGUGCUGGGCCAGAACAUCAGGUAGCAGACCCUCUUCCGCAAUGUUAAAGCCAAGGCAAUAACCCUCACCAACUCCAGCCCCUUGUUUCCCUGACAGUCAGAAAGAGAGGCCUGACUGAAGGGGCUAUGGGAGCAGAGAGGGAGGAGGAGGAAAGCUGGGGCUCUGUCUGACACUCUCCCUAGGUUCUGAGGGUGCCAGUGGGGAAUUAAGCAAGGCUUUAGUUUACCAAGCAUGCCAACACUUUCAGUUAGACUUGUUUAUUCAAGUAUCUGAAAACACUCUACAGUGGAAACUUUAGACGGCUGCCCAUACUGCGCUAUGGAUCACGCACAUGGUGUUUUCAGAAGACUUGAGAUGCCACUGAUAGUUUAAAAACUGUACACCUGACAGAGAACUAAGGAAGACAAUUUAAUGUUUCAUCCGGAUCCAGAGGCGCAUCAGAUUAAACAGCAGCUCCACUUGGCAAACAGCUGUUACAUGAUGGUAUCCAAGAAAAUGGUUGGUGAUGGACAAAUUCAGAAAUGUUUCCCCAAAGGCAGAUGGUUCUUUGAAAAGUUUCACAACCCUUGCAGAAAACACCAAUGCCCAACACGCUGA